AUGAAUGGAAAUUUAGAACUAAUGAAAAAGUUGAUCAAGGAACCAUAUUUUGAUUCCACUGAAGAAAUGGCCAACGAUGAUUCUCGAAACUACAUGAAUCAAGCAAGCAGUGGAGCUCCAUGGAGCGAUGACUAUGAUCUUCAAGGUUCGAGGUUCGCGAAAGAUGAUGGUGAAUCUUGUGAGUAUAUCAAGCAAACAAAAAUUCCGGAGAAUUCAGAAGCGUCCAGUGAUAAUGACAAUAACCCUGCAAUUAUUUACAGUAUAAAAACUGUUACUGAAUAUGUGAAAGCAAACAAGGAACGAGUAUUUCUCUAUGCAGCAUUGGGCCUUUCCACGGGGUUGGUGCUCCUGUUAGCAGCAUGUGUUUUUGUGCAGUGCCGCAGUAAGCAAAAGAUUACCAAAAAGCAACAUACAGCCCCAUCGAGUACCACCGAAUACGAUUCACUGUUAUGUGACAAGACACAAACAAGUCCGAUAGAAAUUGCAGGUUUCUCAAUCUGUGUUAAUCCGGAAACUCACAACUGUUUCGAUAUGGGAGAUUUGACACAUAAUGGCAAAUCAUUUAUGAGGUUUGCACAAUUGACUCCGCCACGGGUACCGCAAAAUUUACACUGUUACAGUUAA